AUGCUGUCAGACUGCUUGCUGAACAACUUCAGGAUAACGGCUCAAAUAGGGUCGGGUGCGUAUGGGCUAGUGUUCCAUGUAGUGGACAUACUAACCAGCCGUGAAUAUGCUGUGAAAACAGUCUUCAAAUCAUCCUCGAUGGAUGAAUUUUACAAUAAGAACGGUUUAAACAACAACUCUCAAGUGGCACGAACCACUCUUCUACAAACACAGCUGUAUCAUUUCUUCAAAAGUUUCCAAAAGAAAUUGUUCCUUCCUUCCGUUGACCUAGAUUCGAUAUUACAGUUGACAGAGAAUGAACUAAAUAGACUACCACACUACAGGGAGAUUGCUUUCCAAUUAAAAGUGCAGUCUCACGGGAAUAUCGUGAAGAUUCACCAAGUUUUAGAAUCUUCUAUCGCUACUUUCAUAGUGAUGGAUUAUUACGACAGGGACCUUUUCACCUCGAUAGUGGAUGAUAAGCAUUUUGUUAAUGAUGGUGUUUUGAUUAAGAAAGUUUUUCUACAACUUUGCUCUGCAUUGGACCACUGUCACCGUCUCGGUAUAUAUCAUUGUGAUAUCAAACCGGAAAAUGUCCUACUAGAUCGUAACGAUAACGCUUAUCUCUGCGAUUUCGGGCUUUCCACUAAAUCUAAAUAUUUGGCUCCUAAUGUGUGCGUAGGAAGUUCAUACUAUAUGGCUCCAGAAAGAAUACUGUAUUGUUUAAAUACCACAACAAACGGCAUACACGUCGACGAAUGCUGUUCGAGCCUCCCCACGGAUACAGGAGACAUAUGGUCUUUAGGCAUCAUUCUGAUCAACCUAACCUGCAUCAGAAACCCAUGGUUGAAAGCUCACCAAAAGGAAGAUAACACGUUUCAUCAUUUUGCUAACGAUAAUAAUGUCCUUAAGAAAAUUCUACCUGUAUCAGAUGAGCUGUUCACUGUGUUGACUAAAAUUUUACAGUUGAAUCCGUAUACAAGAGUUGAUGUGAAAACUUUGAUGUCGGAAGUUUCCUCUCUUACUUCCUUCACCAGAGAAGGGCCUUUAUCUCAAGUUCCAAUCCUAUCGAGCGAGGUGUAUAUGACGCAUAUUAUAAGGAAUGAAAACCUAUAUUUGGAUGAUUUAUCACAUUUUGCUGCAGACAGAGAACAGCAGCAAGAACAAAAACAGGAACAAGAACAAGAACAAGAACAAGAGCAGCAACAAGAAGAGGAAGAAGCUGAACCAGAGAGUGAUAUUCCAUCAACUUACAAUAGUGACGGGAGUAUGGAAAAGUAUGAAUACACUAACAAUAACAAUAACAAUACCUUUUUAAGUUCGUCGAUGGACAGUACACCUUACCAAUCUGAUAUUGAUGAUAUUGGUGCUUCCAAAGAUUGCAAAUUCCAACAAGAUACAUUGAGAAAUAGGCUAUUAUGCUUACAAAUGAAUUUUUCCACUUUAACAGACGGUCCAAAUGAGAAAUGGUUACCAGAUUAUUGA